GUGACGAAGGGGUACGACUACUACGGCAGCACGUCGAACACGGCUGCGCGCACGGAGAGCGUUGCGAACGGCGGGCAGGUGCUGCUGACGCGGGAAGCGUACAUGGCGCUGAGCGCGGCUGAGCGUGAUCAGCUGGACGUGACUGCGCUGGGCGCCGUGGCGCUGCGUGGCGUGCCGAAGCCUGUGGAGAUGUACCAGCUGGACGCAGUGCCCGGCCACACCUUCGCUGCACUGCGGCUUGAUAGGGAGGAGAAUAUUGCCGAGGAUAACAUGAAUGAUGAUGACUCCAGCAGUGAACAUGUUUCGGGGUGCAGUACAUGGAGUGGCACUGCACUGUUUACUUUGUUUGUGUUAAGGAUGGUGUACGGUGCCUUUCCUCCUGCUCAGCGGAUAAAGGUUCUGCUUCCGCUGUUCCAGCGCUGGUGUGUUUGUGUGCCCCCGAGGUCUGAUCCUGUGUCUGAGGACACCUACUCGAAUGAUUUGAUACACGUACUUUCUUUGAGGGUCGGUCGUGUGAUGGAGCGGAAGUUAAUUGUUGGUGGAUUGGGGUUAUUUUCUCCAGUAAGCACUGAUAUUUCGUUUGGUUUUAGUGGGAGUAUGUUUUGUGAAGACCAGUCAGGAUUUGACGGAUAUGGUUUUCGUAACAGAAGCUUUGCUACCCAAACUUUUAGUGUCGAUAUAUCAACUCCUUUGUGA